GGAAUCUUUGAAAAAAAGAAGACGAAAAUGUAUUUCACUAUUUAAAAAAUGUAGAUUACUUUAAAUUUCAAAUGUUCACCAUGGAUCAUAUUAUCAAAAGUUCGAAUCAGUGGAAAUAUUUCGAUUUUGGUCCUCCGACGAAGAAUCCUUCAACUACUAGUGUAGAUUUUAAGAAAAAUUUCGAAACCAAAACUGUCCGACAAAUAAAAAAUAAAAAUGAAUUAUUCAAACAAACGAAAGAAACUUUCAAUUUCCACGAAAAGUUAACUCCAAAAUCUUUAAACGACUUGGCAGUACAUCCUAAAAAACUCCAAGAAGUUGAAGAAUGGUUGAAAAUAAACACAUUACAAGCUCAUAAUAGGGUAAGUGCACCAUUUCUUUUGAUAUCCGGUCCUACAGGCUCAGGGAAAACCUCGACAGUCACCGUUAUAUGUAAAACUUUAAAAAUCUCAAUAUCUGAAUGGGUUAAUCCAAUAGACCAAGAAUACGAAUACAAAGGAAUGAAUCAAAUAGAUCAAUUUAUUGAAUUUCUUUCUGAAUCUAAAUAUAAUUCUUUAUUUGAAAAUUCCAAAAAUAGGGUGACAUUAGUAAAAGAUUUUCCGAACGCAAUCAUUCAAAACCCCCAAGAGUUUUUCGAGGUAUUGGAAACUUGUAAAAGCACCACAAGACAACCAGUGAUAUUUAUAUGUACAGAUGCAAGUAGUUCUAAUUUAAAUUUACAAAGAACUUUGUUUCCUGAGGAAAUUAUGCUUAAAUAUAAUAUAAGUCAUAUAAGUUUUAAUAUAUGUGCUCCAUCAUUGAUGAAAAGUGCUAUACGGAGAGCCCAGGAGUUGGUGAUUUUGAAUUCUGAUAAAUUAAAGCUACCGUCUUCUGGAAUGGUAGAAGCAAUUUUAGUUUCAGCUGCUGGAGAUAUCAGAACAGCCAUCAAUCAAUACCAUGUAGCCAGUUUGAUGGGAAUUGGAGAUGUUCCUUUGAUAUCAAACGAAUCAGAAAAGAAAACUGCAAAAAGGAAAAGAUCUAAUGAAAAUACAAAAACGAAUUCGAUGUUUAGAGACCAAACUUUGGGACUUUUUCACGGUUUAGGUAGAGUUUUGAAUCCGAAACGAAAAGUUGUGGGGGAUUCUUGGAGACUUAGUCAUAAUAUCGAAUCACUAAUCGACGAAUUUUCAACACAACCACAAAUGUUUUCAUCGUUUUUAUUCGAAAAUUAUUUGAAAUAUUUCGGGGAUAUCACGGAUGUAUCUAAAUCGGCGGAAAUAUUAAGUCUAUCAAUGAAGUUUUUUGAAAAUUGGGAAAGGCAUGAAACUUUGAUUUUCGGUUUAUGGAUAUCAGUUUUAGGUCUUAUGAUUUAUAACGAACACCGCUUGUCGAAGUGGAAUCAAAUAAGGGGACCGACAAAAAUCACAAAAAAAAACAUUCAAAAUCAUGUGGAUACUAUGAGUUUAGAUGCUACGGAUUAUUAUUAUUAUAAUAUAAUCACUAAAUCCAAUAAAUUUCAUAGAUUUAAUUUCAAUUUUUAAGGAUCGAUGUCAAUUUAUUAUUUUCAUUUUAAUAAAUAUUUGAUAAACUAA